AUGGUUGCCACGCCCUCGAUGAUAAAAACACAUAAUAAUGGGAUUGUCCAUCAAAAGCUGGUUCAAGAACAUUAUCAACAAUUCAAAGAUCCUGAAACCAUAUUAGCGGAAGAAAGUAAGAAGAAGCCUUGUGCUCGCUUUGCAAGUGGCCAAUGUCAGUUUGGCAGUAUAUGCCGUUUUUCGCACUACACCCGAGACCAAUUAAGUAGUCUCAGGGAAUGGGUAACAUCAAAAAAUGCAUCCAAAUCAGAAGCUGUUUACCCAUCUUUUAUAGACCUGGUUCGUAACAUUUUGUCUGAGAAGUCAAAUAAAGUUGAAGAGUCAUUGGAUGGUGACACAGUGAUAUAUGAUAAAAAUGGCAUGACACAUGUAUUACCAUGGACGUACAACCCUAUCUUUGAUACUUAUGGAGAAAAUUUGCCACCAAGUCUGAAACGAGUUAAAAUAGAAGAUUUCUCUGAUGCCAAAAUCGCUGGGUGGGGUUGA